AUGUCAUCAACAACUAUUGCUAAUGCUAUUAAAGAGCGUGGAAAAAUAAAUGUGCGUGAGAAAGUAAUACAUUUAAGCCCGCUAUAUAUUCCACCUGCCAGAAAAGAAGAUGUGGAAGGUCCAGUAUUAAAAGUUAUCCAAUAUAAAUAUGAAUUUAACCUUGACUGGUAUCUGUUAACCUUCAAAGACCAAUUGAACCGGCCACAAUGGCAACAAUAUAGAAAUUUGGUUGGAUGUGACAAACUAAUUACGGACUUUUGGGGGCGUGAAGAAGCUGGAGCUUCUCCAAUGGAUGGCCCUUUCGGGUCAUCAAAAUUCUUACGUUUAAUGCCUAAUAAUGAUAGAAACAAUGACAAUGUUUAUUUGAAAGAUCUUAAGAUGUCGGAGGAGCGUAAUGAUGCAAUAACUCAAAUUCAAGA